UUACGAGUGACGUAGAACAUUUCUUUGAAAAAUAAUUUUCAAUUUUGAAUUCUAAUCAUGUGAUUGCAGGAAUAUUAUUUAAUAUCUGAAUGAUAAACUAUAGUCAUUUAUUGGCCCUAAACAAUGGCCAAAACGGCUUAUUUGGGACUGAAAAUAGCGGUCCUUUGUCUACUAUGGUAUAUUACAUCGGCUGCCAAUAAUGUCAUCGGAAAAUUGGUGUUACAAUCAUUCGCAUAUCCGACGACAAUUACAUUGUUUCAAUUUUUAUCAAUUUCCAUAUAUUCUAUACCAGCAUUACGUUGCAUUCCCGGUGCCAAAAGAAAACCGAUGAUUACAUGGACUUAUUAUUUUAAAUUGAUUAUACCGUUAUCUUUUGGUAAAUUUUUUGCAUCACUUACCUCCCACAUAAGCCUUUGGGCUGUUCCCGUAUCAUACGCUCAUACAGUGAAAGCAUCGAUGCCCUUGUUUGUUGUCGUUCUUUCUCGUGUUAUAUUGGGUGAAAAACAAACUACCAAAGUGUAUUUUUCUUUGAUACCAAUCAUAUUAGGCGUAUUCAUCGCAUCAAUUACAGAAUUAGAAUUUAACGUAAUCGGACUUGUUGCCGCUUUAUUUUCUAUUUUCAUUUUUUCAUUGCAAAACAUCUAUUCAAAAAAGGUAUUGAAAGAAACGCCCAUUCAUCAUUUACGUUUGCUUUAUAUACUAGCAAAACAUGCACUGAUUAUGUUCAUACCGUAUUGGGCUUAUCAAGAUUUACCCAGUAUUAUUUAUGGUGAAAAGAAUUCUACUAUUGAUGGUUGGGCCAUUGGUAGUCUAUUAUUCAUGGAUGGCCUUUGUAAUUUUCUACAGAAUGUUAUCGCCUUUACAAUGCUAUCAUUAGUCACUCCUUUGACCUAUUCAGUUUGUAAUGCAUCCAAAAGAAUAGCGGUCAUAUCUUGUUCAAUUUUGUUGCUCAAAAAUCCCGUUACAUGGACCAAUAUUUUUGGAAUGUCGUUAGCGAUUUUCGGUGUUUUCUACUAUAACAAGGCUAAAUUGGAUGCUCGAAACGAACCAAUCUUGCCUACAACAUCAAAACCAAUAGAAGCAAUAAGAGAUUUUCAGUCGACAAUCAAGAAAAAAUCCAGCGAUACAAAUUUAUUAUUACGUUAUAUUGAUACAAAUGAACAAGAAAAAUAUUUUACAAAGCCAAUUGUGACCGCUAUUAAUAAUCACCAUCAUUACAACCAGAAGCAAUCAUCAAAUUAUUAUAAUGGUAAUUCACUUAUCAAGCAUCAUCAUCGAAAUGUGUCACAUGAUGAUGGUGAUCAUCGAAGAAUAGAUAUGAUGCAUAUUUAAAAGAAAUUCAAUUUUAUUAAUAGAUGACGAAAAAAACAAUAUUUCAUGAAA